AAAGUCCUGUUUGUUUGUUUUUGUUUUUUGUUUUUUUUAAGAUAAGCCUCUCUUUCAAUUUCUAACCUCUCACUUUCUCUCCUUUUCUCUCAAUCCAAACACAGGAUUUAGAAAAUGCAAAUAAUUUUCUUCUCUUCUUUCCCUAUAACUUAAUUUUCCCGGAAAAACACUCUCUCAUUUUCUCUCUAUUCAAACACGCAUUUGUAUCGAUAAACAAUGACUGCCAUUACUAGCCUAUCGUUCUCUGCUGUAAACCAAUCUUCUAGUGAGCGAAACACUUUCGUGUCCUCUUUAGCGUCGCGUAAUUUAAGUUUUGAAGGUUUUCGACUUCGGUCGGUUUUUUCGUGUCACUAUGUUGGCGUUAAAGCUUCGAAUUCGACUUCUCGUACGGCUAUUCAUUGCAUGUCCACUUCCACUGAUGUGCCACCAACGGUAUCCGAGACAAAGUCCAAUUUCUUAAAGGCGUACAAGAGACCGAUCCCGAGUAUCUAUAAUACUGUUUUGCAGGAGUUGAUAGUACAACAACAUUUGAUGAGGUAUAAGAAGACUUACCUUUAUGAUCCCGUGUUUGGUCUUGGUCUUGUUACUGUGUAUGAUCAACUCAUGGAAGGGUAUCCGAGUGACGAGGAUCGAGAGGCCAUUUUUCAGGCUUACAUUAAGGCAUUGAAGGAGGACCCGGAGCAAUACAGAAUUGAUGCUAAAAAGCUGGAAGAAUGGGCUCGGGCUCAGACUCAUAGUUCAUUAGUUGACUUUUCAUCUAAGGAAGGAGAAAUUGAGGGGAUAUUAAAGGGCAUUGCAGAAAGAGCUGCGAGUGGGAAUUUCAGCUACAGCCGUUUCUUUGCUGUUGGGUUAUUUCGUCUUCUUGAGCUGUCAAAUGCAAGUGAACCAACAGUACUAGAAAAGCUUUGUUCGGCACUAAACAUCAAUAAAAGAAGUGUGGAUCGGGACCUUGAUGUAUAUCGAGGCCUUCUUUCUAAAUUGGUUCAAGCGAAAGAGUUACUGAAGGAGUAUGUAGAUAGGGAAAAGAAGAAACAAGAAGAACGUGCAGAAUCACAGAAGGCUAAUGAGAUGGUAGCAAAAUGUUUGGGAGAUCCCCAAGUUGUAGGACAGUAGUUCAGUCAACACAGCAUCGCUCACCACACAGAUCAAAUUAUACGAAAGCUUCAACAUCGUCACUCCUUUAUUUUAAGGUACACUCGAAAGACUUCUCUGUUUCAGCAAACCAUAUGUCAGCUUGUGGAUUUACAGUAUGAUGAUCAGGAUACAUUCCCUCUUUGUUCCACAUGUUUAUAUAUUUCUUUCCUUUAUUUCAAACAAUUUUCUUUCUUAUUUCUGUACCAGAAAUGUAUCCUGUUAUUAAACACCCAGUUGCAAAUAUAUCUUUGUGCUCAUCACUAUUAAACUUC